ACUCUGCAGUGUAGGUAUUUGGGAGGUUGUGUAUUGUUACCGUGGAGUGCUUUCUUGAAAGAGCGGCGUGUGGCUGUGGCUGGAAAAUAGAGAAGUAUUUUAUGUAUAGGCCUGUAAGAGGCAAGAGAUGACUUUGGUAAAAAGGAGCCGUUGGGUCAGUAAAGGACGUGGUUAGAAGAGUAUAUAAGGCGCUACCGGCAGACAGAAACUGUUGGGAGUGUCUUUAAUGCCUUGUCUUCACGGACGUGCGCUUUUCUGUUUUCUUCCGGGCUGUUUGAACCGCUUCAGCCUCCGUAGGCAGUGGCUCCAAAGUGCCGGUCACAAUGGAAGUGAAUCCCCCCAAGCAGGAGCACCUGCUGGCCUUGAAAGUAAUGCGGUUGACUAAGCCUACUUUGUUCACCAAUAUUCCAGUAACAUGUGAAGAGAAAGACUUACCUGGAGAUCUCUUUAACCAACUCAUGAGAGAUGAUCCUUCAACUGUAAAUGGUGCAGAAAUUUUGAUGUUGGGAGAAAUGUUGACUUUACCACAGAAUUUUGGGAAUAUAUUUUUGGGAGAGACUUUUUCCAGUUAUAUCAGCGUUCAUAAUGAUAGCAAUCAAGUUGUAAAAGAUAUAUUGGUUAAAGCCGAUCUUCAGACAAGUUCUCAGCGUCUAAAUCUUUCAGCCUCCAAUGCUGCGGUGGCUGAACUUAAACCCGACUGUUGUAUUGAUGAUGUCAUACACCAUGAAGUAAAAGAGAUUGGAACACACAUCUUGGUGUGUGCAGUGAGCUAUACAACUCAGGGUGGAGAAAAAAUGUACUUUAGAAAAUUCUUCAAAUUUCAGGUUCUCAAACCAUUGGAUGUGAAAACCAAAUUUUACAAUGCAGAGAGUGACCUCAGUUCUGUGACUGAUGAAGUAUUUCUCGAAGCCCAGAUUCAGAAUAUUACAACCUCACCCAUGUUUAUGGAGAAAGUUUCAUUGGAGCCAUCUAUAAUGUACAAUGUAGCAGAAUUAAAUUCAGUCAACCAAGAUGGAGAAUGUGUAACUACCUUUGGGUCAAGAGCAUAUUUGCAGCCAAUGGAUACACGCCAGUACUUGUACUGCCUAAAACCCAAGAAGGAGUUUGCAGAAAAAGCAGGCAUCAUUAAGGGAGUAACAGUAAUUGGAAAACUGGAUAUAGUAUGGAAAACAAAUCUAGGUGAAAGGGGAAGAUUACAGACCAGCCAGCUGCAAAGAAUGGCUCCAGGUUAUGGAGAUGUUAGAUUGUCUUUGGAGACAAUCCCAGAUACCGUUAACCUAGAAGAACCAUUUCAUAUUACUUGUAAAAUAACAAACUGCAGCAGUGAAAGGACGAUGGAUCUCGUUUUGGAAAUGUGCAAUACCAACUCUAUCCACUGGUGUGGUAUUUCAGGAAGACAGCUUGGAAAGCUCCAUCCAAGUUCUUCUCUCUGCCUUGCCCUUACUCUGCUGUCUUCAGUACAGGGACUGCAAAGCGUCUCCGGCUUAAGACUAACAGACACGUUCUUAAAGAGAACAUAUGAAUAUGAUGACAUUGCACAAGUCUGUGUGGUAUCUUCAGUCAUUAAAGUGGAAAGCUGAAGAAAAUUUCUAAAAUUAUGCUUUUCAUCGACUUUCCCAGAACUUUUCUGUAUUUUUGUCACCUUUGUAAAAUGAUCAAAUCAACAGUAAGAAUAAUUCUAUAUUAUUUAAAUUUCUUUCCUGUAAAACAUUUAAAAUAUUAAAUAUGUGUUUUGAAAAGAACCAUCUAGUGAUUUUAUCUUCUGAGUUACAUUUUACAUGAACAUUUGUAUAUUUUCUACACAUGCUAUUUUGUUUUCCUUUUAAAUGACCACUGGACUUUGAUCUCCCAAAGCUCCAUAUCUGAGGCCAUUUGCCCCUACCAGGAAUCUCAGACACCAAACUUUUCAUGUAAAGGGCCAAAUACUAAAUAUUUUAGACUUUAUAGGACAUGUGGUCUCUGUUGAAAACACUCAACUUUGCUGUUGUAGUAUAAAAGUAGCCAACAGGCAAAAAAUGUGCAGCAGCAUUUAAAAAAAUAGGCAACUGGCCAGAUGUGGCCUGCAGGCCACAGUUUACUGACUUCAAUCUAGAAGGUACAGUUGUUCUUCAAAAUUUCAAAAUUCAUAUCAUACUUUAUUUAGAAGUAUUUCUGUUUGCCUCAGUUAUUUUCCUCCGUCAACAAAAAAAGUUUGAAACAGCUGGGGUGGUCCUUGUAUGAUCUUGUAUUUGCUAACACAGUAUGAGUUUUUCUGGUUGUUUUCAAGACUGUUGUACUGGUAUCUAUGUUUGUGUACAUGCAAACACACAUGUCUAAGUUUCAAUUACUAACAGCAGAGCAGAACUGGUUUUAUUUCUCAAAUUGCUGAUUAUUCUCCUAACUCUGAACUAAGAAGCCUGAUCAUUUCUAUUUCUAAGCCAAAAAAUCCUGGUGUUUUUUCCAUUGAAAAAUAAGCCUUAUUUUCAUAAGGCAUACUUAAAGGAUUUCCAGCUUCUGAUAUUUGAUUUUGAACUCUUCAGCCUGUAUUAAUAUUAUAAAACUUUCUGUCUCUGCAUGUAAUCAUACUAAUUUAGUUAUGCCAUAAACAAAACAGUGAGAAAGACUUUAUACAACUUUGCAACAUGAAUAUAAUAAGUUUCAGUAUUUUGAAAACAAAAACUAAUCCUGUUAAAUAAAAACUUAUUUUGUUAAGUUGAAAUUCGAGGAUAUAUAUAUAUAAUUGCUUAAUUGUAACAGUGCAUUAAGUCAAAUACAAAAAUUGAUUUUUCUUAAAUGCAUAAUUAUUUAUUGCCAUGACAAAUUAUUUGGUCCAUAAUGAAAGCUAUAUUCAGAUUGAGAUUUGCCCUUAAGUUGGAGAGGUAAUUAAUGAAAUGUCUGUGCAAAAUAAAGUGCAAGCAGUGUAAAAUUGAAGUCUGUCUUUCCUUCAAAAUAUAUACGAUUUUUAAAAUUUUUUUAUUAUAGUUGAUUUACAAUGUUCUGGAAAAUGUAUAUGAUUGAUUAAAUGAUGAAAUAGGACUUUAUAGCCACUGCCCUAGGUCCUUCAACUGAUAUUCAAGCAUCCUCUCCUGACAGAACCUUCUAUUUCACUCUGUUUCAAAUUUUAGAAGUAACAUUUAAUGAUCACUUGGAAUCUGCUAUAUAAUUUGACUUAAUUACAAGGUCUUUUAUAAGCAGUAACCUAGACACAUUCUUUAAGUAAAGGUUAUAUAAUGUCAUCUUAGAAAGAAUCUUUUAAACCAUAUUAUAAAAACUAGAUAAACAAUUUGAUACAUAAGUAAAAAUGUCAUUUGCAUAAAAAGGACAUUGUAAGUUUUACAUAGCAUCAUAACAGAUAUAGCUGCUAUAAUGAAAUGUGGUUAAUGGAAGUCAGUAGUUCCUAAGUAGAAUGGAUAUAAAGAUGUACUUUAAUGCCUUCUUGUUUCAGACAAGCAAAAUAACAUUUGGGGCAUUCUUUAUAAUUUUAAGAGUAGCUAGCACAAUCCAGCUACACAGAACUUUGGAAUAGCAUGCAAUGCAGUGAUUCCAAAGUGAUGAAAGUACUUAAAGGCAAAAAUGGCUUGAACAGAAUGGAAAUCCAGGUAAGUGGACAGAUUUCUAGAUUUAAUUUAUUAUGGGUAGUAUAUUAGAAAAGAAACAAACUAGAAAAGUGAAAUGAAGAAAUACAGAAAUUCUCAUUAUUUCAUGUAAAAAGAAUGGCUACCUUAACUACAGAUACUAACAAUGAAGACAUUGUUGUAAAGUGUUUUUUUUCUUAUAAUGUCUUUGAUCUUGGUAUCAAAGUAAUGGCUAAAUAAAAUGUGUUGGGAAGUGUUUCCUCUUCUGUUUUCUAGAAGAGAUUGUAUAGAAUUGAUAUUAAAUGUUUGGCAGAAUUAAUUCACCAUUGAAAUCAUUUGGGCUUGCAGCUUACUUUUCUAGAGGAUAUCUUAUUUCUUCAGUGAGCUUUGGGAAUUUGUCUUUUACAAGGAAUUUGUUUCAUCUAAGUUGUUAAAUAUAUGGACCUAGAGUUGGUCAUAAUACUUUCUAAAUAUCCGUUUAACGUCUACAGGAUCUGCAGUGAUAGCCCCUCUUUCAUUUUGAUACCUCUGUUCAUAUUUUUUCUAUCUUACUGGUCAGUCAGCUAGAGACUUAACAAUUUCAUUGAUGCAAUAACAUUUUUAUGCACUCAAAAGAGUUAUGCUAAACCUUUUCUUACUCAACACUGAAUAAGACUCGUUUUUAAUUAAGGAUCAACUCUGGUUUUGAUUUUUUCUUAUUUUCAUCACAGUCAUCACUUCCCUAUGAUUAGUUAGUACUUCAUUCUAUGUAACAUUGGAAUACAGGAGCUGAAUUUAACUUCAUUAAAAACUUAAGCUGGUUUAGAUGCAAUAUAGGGGAUUUAAUUCAGAAGGCUUAGCUUCAAGUCCUGCUAUUCUCUGGCCAGAACUAUAGGUUCACGUAGCUCUGCUUUGUAGCCUAAGCCUAGGCAGGUAGGUAUUUGCUGCUCUGAGGAAAAAUCUCUAACCUAGUGUUGCUUUAAAUUAGAGACCUUUGCACCUACAUCAGAACCACUUGGUACUGUCUGAAUGGUAAUUCCCAGGCCUUAUU